UGAAAUUAUGUUGACAAUAAAAAUAAAAAAAAAAGGAUUUGGUAAACCCUAAAAAUACCAAUCCGAGACUUUGCGCCUCUCUUGUUCCAAGCAAGAGCAAGCUUCUCCGACCAAUCGUCAGAUUCGUGUCUGAAACUCAGAUUUCUCCAAAUAAACGAACAAUAAAAAAACAUGUAUAAUCGGAAGUUAAUGGUGAAGAACAAACAAGGCGUGGAUCAUGAAGUUGAUCCCAACAUGAGAUUUAGCAAGAUUAUGGAAGAUGUUCAGCAAUUUGCUACAAAACAUAUGACAUGGAAGGAUAAGAAAGCUUUGGAGAAUCAGAAAGUCACUCAACUUGGUGGAAAGGCUCAAAAGAAACAGAGGCUACCACUCAGUGUAGCGAGAGUUCAGAUGAAGAAACAGAAAGAAAGAGAUGAAAAGAUGCUGGAACAGAAUAGGAUAUUUGGUAGAUUUGGAGGACAGUUUGGUGGUGGGAUUACGAAGAAACCCGCAGAGAAGAAGAAGCGUACGCCCGAGGAGAGAGUCUUGAAAUCAACUUUCGGGAAUUUCAGGGGUGGUGUUCUCGAUGUUAAGGAUUUACUACGUUCUGGUUCUUCUUCAAGAAGUAAUGCCGGAGAUUACAGUUACGGUAAGAAGUCCAGAGGCAUGGGAGGAGAGCUAGGAGGAGGAGGUGGAGGAGGAGGAGGAGGAGACAUGAAGAAGAAGGGAAAGAAGAAAGGGAAGAAAGGUAAGAAAGGAGGUGGUAAGAGGAAAGGCAAGUAGUCAUCUCUGUUAGCUCUGUAAUCUGUAAACCAUUUUUUCAUGUAUCGGCACCAAUGAUCUAAAUCUAAUAGCUGAGUUACACAUUAAGAGAAGUAUGAUGUGUCAUUUGUUCUAGUUUCAUAUGCAAUCUCUUUGCAAUACAUCUUUUUGAAUCCUAUUUGUAUUCAUCUUUCCAAAUUACAAACCUCAUCAUGAGGAAUGAUAAUAAUCAUCCUUAGUUUGUAUAUUAGGUGUAA